AUGCGUGCGUGCGUGCGUGCAUCCUGCUCACUAUUCUCCCCUCCCUCCCAGGUGGCUGCGACUGGCAUUGGCAUUGGCAUUGACCCCGCGGUGGGAGGCGGCGCGGGGUUCCGGCACCUGCGGGUCGCUGAUGCAGUGAGGCGCUUUGCCUGCCCGCUGUGCCAUUACAAGACGGCCAGGAAGGACCUACUGGAGGGCCACGUGCGCACCCACACCGGAGACAAACCGUUCUCCUGCCCGCACUGCCCCUAUCAAUCCGCCGACAGGAGUAACCUUCGCCGCCACCGUCAGAAGAGCCACGAAGGCACCACUAACGCCGCCCACGCCCAUCAGCAUUCGUCGCCCGCACACCCACACUGGCAUUAG